AUGGGAAUAAUGGGUUUCAGUAGCUACCCAAACCUGUCCUUUGUUUUGUUCAUGCUGUGUUCUUAUGUGUUGGACGUUGGUAUUGCCACACAAAUCAUCACUUCAUCACAAUCCAUCAAGGACUCAGAAACUCUAAGCUCCAAAGAUGGUAACUUCACUUUGGGGUUCUUCACCCCUCCAAACUCCACACACCGCUACGUUGGAAUUUGGUGGAAGUCUCAAUCCACUGUCGUAUGGGUUGCUAACAGAAAUCAACCACUCAAUGAUUCUUCAGGAGUUAUUACCUUUUCUGAAGAUGGCAAUCUUGUGGUGCUGAAUGGACAGAAUCAAGUUCUUUGGUCCACAUUUGUGUCAAACACAUCAACAACCAAUACAAGUGCACAGAUUUCAGACGAGGGGAAGCUAGAACUCACAGAAACCACAACGGGCAAGAGCUUAUGGGAUAGUUUUCAACAGCCUUCAGAUACAAUACUUCCCCAACUCAAAAUUUCAAGCAAUAGAACAGGUAGGGGAGUAAGACUUACAUCAUGGAAGAACCCUUCUAAUCCCUCUGUUGGGAACUUCUCUUUGGGUGUUGUUGAACGCGGGAAAAUCGUUGAAGUGUUCAUUUGGAAUGAAACUCGACCAUACUGGCGCAGUGGUCCCUGGAGCGAUGGGGUCUUUACAGGGGUAGACCAUACGGUUAGUGCGUAUCGAAAUAGUUUUUCUCUUGUAGAUGGUGAAAUCUAUUAUAACCCACAAAGUGUAUCUGAAUUUGAUAUCUACGUUCUGAAUUCUCAAGGCCAAGGUGAAAAAAAAUAUUGGGAUGAUGAGAAGAAAGAGCUACAAGUUUUGUGGACGAGUAAACAAUCGGAUUGUGAUGUUUAUGGUGUGUGCGGGUCGUUCGCAAUCUGUGAUGCAGAGAGUCAAGGAACAAAUGGCUCACCGAUAUGCAGCUGUUUGAAAGGGUUUGUGCCAAACAACAAAGAGGAAUGGGAUGCACAAAACUGGACUAGUGGAUGCUUUAGGAGCACACCUUUGCAGUGUGAAAGAGUGAAAGAUCAAAACACAACUAUAGAUACAAAUGAAGAUCAAUUUUUGGAACUGCAAAUGGUGAAAGUUCCAGAUUUUUCUGAAUGGUCUAGGGGUGAGCCAGAGACAUGCAGAAGCCAAUGCUUGGAAAAUUGCUCUUGUGUUGCGUAUUCUCAUGAUGGUGGGAUUGGUUGUAUGUCUUGGACUGACAAUUUACUAGACAUCAAACAACUCUCUGAUCGAGGACUUCAUAUAUAUGUUCGUCUAGACUCUUCUGAACUUGAACAUGGUAUGCUUCGUCUGCUCAAGCAUUUUAAACAUAGUUUCUUUUGUACGGAAUUCCCUAUAUUUUUAGAUUAA